UUCGACGGCCCGCCAGCCGCCUUCUUGAGACAUAUAAUUUGCUAUUGUAGGAGGCGCCUUAGCCCUUUCCACACUUCGUCCGAAGGGAGACGGAAGUCCUGAGGCGGAGCCCGUAUCAAGUGUGGUUUGUGUGUGGCCCCGUAGAAACUGCCCCCCACCCUUUGGCGAUCUUUCCCUUCCGACACUUUUAUUUCCCCCAGUAUGGGCUCGAUCUGAUAAGCGGAGAGAAAAGCGAUUGGGGAGCGGGAUGCAGGCAGAUAUGCUAGUGCUUCUUUCGCCAUCUCCCCACUCUUCUUUCUAUAUGCAUGGGUGUAGCGGGGGAGGGGAGGCAACUGCCCGCAAAAGAAUAAAAAUUAAUACAAAUACAGUAUAAGGUUCUGCCCCCCCCCCAAAAGCUUCUCCCCCCCAACAAAAAUCCUGGCUACGCAUGGUUUCAGCAGUUUUUAAUACGCCAAGACAAUUCCACCUCUACCAGCACGCAUAACAGUAAAUUGAAGUGUCCCUGCCUGACACAUCGGAGAAUUGUAGAAUUGGAAGGGAGUAGGGACUCCCAAAAUCAUCUAAUCCGACCCCUGCAAAACAGGAAUAGGCAUUCACUUGUUCUGUGGGAUUCAAGACAUCUUUUCAGAAAAGGGUGUUUCUGGAUAUUGCCUUAAUGGUCAGGCUGAAUUAUUUUGGAGCUGGGAAAAUAUGAUUCUCCCCCACCCCUUCAGCUAGAAGCAUUUUGUAAGGACCAUCUUUCAUCAGCUGAAUAACCCCUGCACAAAGGACAAACCAUACAUCCAUGGGCGAAGCCAGGAUUUGUUUUAGGCAGGGCAGGCUUCAUGUAAGGGGGGCAGAGAACUGAGUUUACUAAUUGACCAAUUGUGUCGCAGGUAAGUAUUUUUUAUUUAUUUACUUGAUUUAAGGGGGCAGCUCACCCCCUGGUUACGCCCUUGCAUAAUCCUCGUGCCCAUUACACAUUUCGAAAUUUCAAAAAGAGUUCAAAUUCAUUUGACCCUUAAACAUAAAAAAGUGGUUGAAAUUCCAUCUUGCUAUCAGCAAUGCUCUGUCAUUUCCUGGGCCUUUUCUGCUUGUUAAGCACUGGUAUUUGUACAGAUCAUUUUAAUUUAUAAGUAGUGAACAGCGGUAAAUUUAUUUCUUGUCCAUAUCAAUAGGACAUCUUUCUCACAACUAUUAUAUUGGGAUUGUCCCUGGAUCAAGAUGAACACAAUACAGUGGUGCCUCGCAAGACAAAUUUAAUUCGUUCUGUGAGUCAAUUCAUUUUGCGAAAAAUUCGUCUUGCGAAUCCCAUAGGAAUGCAUUGAAAUUGUUUUUGUUUGUUUGUUUGCCCAUAGGAACGCAUUAAUUGAAUUUCAAUGCAUUCCUAUGGGAAACUGUGAUUCGCUAGACGAAUAUUUCACAAAACGAAUUCGUCUUGCGAGGCAACCUCUGAUCGCAAAACCCAUUCGUCUAGCAAAAAAAUCGUCUAGCAGGGCAUUCGUCUAGCGAGGUACCACUGUACUUGUUUGUAAAAGGUCCUAGAAUUCCAUAUUCUAGAGGCUUUUCUGGCUAAAAAGCAUUCCAAUUUAAUGAAAGGUUUUCAGAUUUAAAAAAAACCAUAGUGAUAUGAAUCUUUGUAUUCAUCAGAUUUGCCAGUACAGUGGUUUAAGAACAGCUUAGUUUAUGAACAACUUGGAUUAAGAACGCUGCAAACCCAAAAGGAGGUGUUUUGGUUUGUGAACUUUGCCUUGGAAGCAGAACAUAUUCCGCUUCCUGUUGAGUGUGUUCCAUUUGUAAAUUGAGUCCCCCGCUGCUAUGGGAAAACACACCUUGGUUUAAGAACGCUUUGGUUUAAGAACAGACUUCCGGAACAGAUUACAGGUGUAGCUUGACUGAAAAGCUUUGAAUAAAAUGUUGCCCCUAUGAAAGAUAUAUAGACACACACACCUGUACCUAUAAGAAUCCUGGAUGACAGGUGCCAUCUGAGCAUAAGUCUUUAUCUCAAACAGAAACAAAGCUUAUUCUGAAAUAGUACUUAUCACUAUGUUUUCCUCCCUUAAAAACUAAUGGUUUUAUUCAUAUGCAAUUUUAUACAGAUUAAAAAAAUUAAAACACAAUUAGCCUACUAUGUCCUGCUUCUAUAUAAACAGAGCUAGGAUGUUAGUAUAAUAGUCUAUACAAAAUUUGGGAAGACAUCUAUUACCAUUAAUCUUUCAUUUAUUAGGAAUAUGGCUAAUGGCUUUGAAAAUGAGAAGAAAAUCACAUUGUAAUUAAAUUAUUUCAUACUAACUAGAAAAUAAUGUUGGAGAAAGAGUAUACAAUGAUUUUAUGACUCUGAAAUAUACUUUAUAACUUUUUGUUUUAUUUUAAGGCUGUGUGACAAAAAAGAAUACAUGGAUAUUGAAUUAUUGGAGUAAAAAACUGACUUUACUGCAAGAUUAUGGUUCGAAUAACAUUGGAGCUAAUUGGUAAAAGCCUCAAUCAGAAGAAUCGCAGAGAUGAGUCCUUGGCCCAUUACUUGAGGAAAACGACUCAUCUUAAGUUAUCAAAUAAAAAUAUAGAUAUAAUUGAUGACCUGUCUUUGUGUAAAAACCUUAAUGUCCUUUAUUUGUAUGAUAACCAAAUUAGACAAAUACAAAAUUUGGAUUUUGCUACAAACCUAAGACACCUAUACCUCCAGAACAAUUGUAUUACACGAAUUGAAAAUCUAGCAUCAUUAAUAAAACUUGAAAAAUUGUAUCUGGGCGGCAAUUACAUCACUGUAGUAGAAGGCUUAGAGACUUUAGAAGAACUAAGAGAAUUACAUGUUGAAAGCCAGCAGCUUCCCCUAGGAGAAAAGGUUUUGUUUGACCCAAGAAGUCUUCAAUCGCUAGCGAAGUCUUUAACAGUUUUGAAUAUCAGCAAUAACAAUAUUGAUGAAGUGAGUGAUUUAGCAAUUCUUGAAAAUAUCUCCCACCUUAUAGCUGUUGACAACCAAAUUCAACAUGUGAAGGACUUGGAGUUUGUGCUGGGUAUAUGGACCAACCUGCGCAAAUUAGAGCUGAAUGGAAAUCCUGUUUGCCAGAAACCAAAAUAUAAGGACAGAGUUAUACAGCAAUCAAAAUCCCUUGAGUCCCUUGAUGGAAAAGAAAUAAAAGAAAUGGAAAGACAAUUCCUGAUGAAUUGGAAAGCAUCCAGAGAUGCCAGGAAGAAAAACAGGGCAGAAAGUAUGAUGAAUGAACAUGCACCAUAUUUACAUCUUGUACCAGAAGAGGCAAUGCAGGCCCUGAACCAGUGUCUAUCUGAAGGCAGUAAUGUGCUGAAUGUGGAUCAGUAAAUUGAAGAUGAAUCCAGGCAAGCCACAGAUAUUGUGGGUGGGUAGUUCUCUUGCCCAGGAGUUGGCAGAACUUGGGGUUGCACUUGAACAACAAGGUGCAUCAUUUGGGGGUGCUUUUGGAACAAUCUUUGUCAUUUACGACUAGGAGAGCUUAUGUCCAUUUUGGCUGGUAUGCCAACUACAGCUAUUUCUGGAUAGGGAUAUUCUAGCCAUGGUUGUUAUUGUGAUGUCCAAAUUGGAUUUUAAUGCAUUCUUUCUAGGACUGUACUUGAAGGUGUUCCAGAAAUUUUAACUAGUGCAGAAUGCUAGUAGGGGUAGCACACUGUGAGCAUAUUUUAAAAGAGCUGCAUCAGUUGUCAAUUGUUUUCUGGGUCCAGUUGAAGUUGCUUACUUUGACAUGUAAAGCCCUAAGUGGCCUGGAACAGAAAUGUAUGAAAGAAUGCAUUUUGCUGUAUUGACAUGCCCAUGCUCUCUUCUUUGUAACCUCUAAAUGGGAUGAAAUACAUUGUGAGAGGACCUGCUGAAGGGCCUCUUCAUUGGUGGCUCCUUGUGUGGAAUUCCCUCCCCAGUGGUCUUAUUCCUAUAUACUUUUGGGCCAUAAGUUCAGAUUCAAUUUUUUCGGAAACCAUUUAGAAGAUGAGAGACCUGACUGGAAAAAUAGCUUAGCUUGCUGCUGGUGGUAUUACUAAAUUGUUGUAUUGCUUUGUUAUUUAUUUGGGGGUUGUGUUAUUUUAUGCUUUGUUUUUACAUUGUCUGAUUUUGUUGCCCUGUGGCUUGUACGAAGUGCAAUAGAUAAAUCUUCUAAAUAAAUAAACAAAGUCUACUCACCCUUUUUGAUAAUCCAGUAAAAUGAUUGAUGAAUGGGUUAUUUAUCUUCUGUAGCAAAUCUUCAAAAUAUUUUAUAGGAACAGUUUUGAAUUACAUUUACCCAGUACCGUAUUUUAAAAGUUUAUGUACUUUUAUCGUGUAUUUGAGCAGUACAGUAAUAGUAUUGCUGCCUGUAGAUAGUCACUGUGUAAAAGUAGUUUUUUAAAAAUAAUAGUAAUCAUUAUUUACCUAUUUAUGUCACUUUCCACAGUCUUAGUUUGUAAAAUGAGUAACAGAGCAAAGGCUUCUCUUUCACCAUCAUUUUUCUGCUACUUCCAAUUUCUAACUGAAAAUUCUGCUUGGAUAAUGUUCUCAGGCACUUUGACAUAAAACAUGCAGUAAUGUUUAUAGUUUAUUUUUGGAAAAAUGCUAUACUUACAUACAUUAUCCAUGGUUCUGUUAAAUUAUAUUUCCACUUUAUCUAGUUAUUAUAUAUUUUGCAGGUGUAACCAUGUCUUCAUUGUUUU